AUGAUUUUUGCGACAAAAUUGGCGGUGAGAAAUCGAGAGAAAUAUUUCGCCGACAUAUAUCGCGAGUUUCAAACAUUUUGCUUUCGCUAUUCCCAUAUCAAUGGCGGACAACGAAAUAAAAUUAAAUACAACAAUCUAGUGUAUCGUCUUCCUCCUUGUGUAUUACUAAGAAUAUUUCAUUUUUUGGACCUUAAAUCAUUAUGUACAUGCUCAAGAGUGUGUCGUUUUUGGUAUAAUUACUGCAACGAUUCCAGUUUGUGGAGAAUAAUUGAUCUUCGAUCAUAUCAGAUAAACCUGAGGUUAAUAAAAAAGAUAUUUUCAAGAAGAGUGUCAAAAAAUACAAAAGAAAUCUAUAUUAAAGGAACAGUCAUGGAAAAAAAAAAGUUUGAUAACCUUUCCCAAACUCUUUUGCAGAGUAUCAAAUCAAAAGCAGGUCGUUUGGAAAAAUUUUGUUUGUAUGACUCUUACUUAAGGAAUAUCAAAAUUAAAUGGUUUCCAGGUUGCAUAAAUAACUUAUCUCUAGUGCACUGUGUCGUGCCUUUGGAUUGGUUCUACGAAUUACGUCAAUCAAAUUUGUUUCCUGCAUUAGAAUAUCUGGAUCUUUCUCGUUGUACGCGAAUUGCCAAAGAUGAUGUUUUAAGUAUUUGUUUCAUAAAAACUCUCAAGACAUUGAAAUUAAAUGGCUGUUAUCGUGUUAUCGAUAAAGAUAUUGAAGUAAUUGCUAAAAAUUUAGACAAAUUAACUAAGUUGGAGGUCAACAACUGCAGGUUGAGUGAUGUUUCAAUGCAGUAUAUUACAUGUUAUGGAAAGAACAUCAAAUCUCUUUCCAUCUGUAGGACAGCUGUAACAGAGCUCGGUAUAAGUGCUUUAAAAGCAUGUUUGGAAAAUCUUGUAUUUUUAGACAUCAGAGCCUGUCACUGGCAAACACAAGAGAUGGCCGAACAAUUAUUUGCAGAGAAGACCAAUUUAAUAUUAGUAACUGGCAUAUUUUAAUAUAGUGAUUAAUCAUUAUAACAUAAAUUUUCUUUGCAAUUUGUUAUCUUCCUAAUUCAUACUUACAUUUCUAUUUCAAAAACUAUGAACGGUUACAUAAA